GAUGCAACAUGUCCAUGUGGAGUUUGUGAAUGCGUAUCAAAACCGCGUUUAUUUCAGCGAGAUUAAUAUUUACGUAUUUUAUUGAGUGAAAAAACGACACAAACACCGCCGAUCAACUGUACCCAGAUGAACCAGCGAUUUGGAAACAGUUAUUUCGAGCAGGACCAGGUCACGUCACACCACCGACUCCCCAUUCCUGCUGUCCUCCAGCCUUGCGUGUCACACAAGGACUGUUGUGGUGACCCAAAUAGCAUUUUAGUACUCGAAUCUCACGGCUGAUCAUGAAUAACAUCACGUCCCGGUACAGCGGUGAACAGGGUUCUGAGAUGGCGAUUCACUCGACCUGUCAUCAGCUGGCCGACUUUUGCUGCUAUAGGAGAGAUUACGCGAGACUAAGAGUGCGGGCGGCCAGUGUACUAGUCAGUGGCAGAAGUACAUGUAGGUCUGGCACGGGCAGGUAUUAUAGUGACAGUUCCUACUGCAACAGUGAAAGGCUUCUCGGGAAUAGUACAGUGAUGCAAAACAGUACCUGCGAUCGGUUGUGGAGAAUAGUUCACAAAAUGUUUUCAUUCCGGCAUCUUCUUUUAAUAAUGCUUAUUUUAAGUGUUCUUACAUUUUUAAAUACCCCCCUAGCCUCAGCAGAGCUGGCAUUGUCUUAUCCUGACAGAGUAUAUGUUCAGAGUCUGUUAUAUGAGUUCGGUAAUAAUGAAACAAUAACAGUGAAUCAGCUUGAGGAAGCUCUAGUAGCCAUUAAGGCAGAGCAAACUUGUCUGAAUCAUGAUGCACAUGGAGGUGCACAACUUGACAAAAUUAGUUCCACUACCUCUGUGAUUGGAUGUGAUCAGUUAAAUCAAGGAGGACCAAAUGCAACAGACUGUAUAGACCAACUGUGUCUGAAUGCGUCUGGCCUGUUAGAUCUCUUCUCUAUACCAGUGGAGCGAGGGGUGUAUGGGAAAGACUUGCAGAGACUAUCUCCAGCCCUACUGUAUCAUUCUUACAAGUGUCGUAGCACUCGAACAUUGCUGGAGGAACCCAGUCUUCAUGAAAGACCAUCAAGUCUUUCCACCUGGGGCUAUGGAUUCAUCUUUGUCUCAAUCAUCAACGUCUGUUCACUGGGAGGAGCCAUUGUUCUACCGUUUAUGAAGUCCAGCUACUACAAACAGAUCUUGAUGUUCAUGCUGGGACUGGCCGUGGGAAGUUUGGCAGGCAGUGGACUUUUGUUUCUUAUUCCAGAGGCUUUUCACCUUGUGGGAGAUGAAAACCAUUCAGACUAUGUAUGGAAGGCAACUACUGUCAUGGGAGGAAUAUAUCUUUUCUUUCUGAUAGAAAAAUUCCUUCAGCUUCUCAUGGAAUUCAAAAAGAAUGGAUGGAAGACAUUUGUCUGUUUUGCAGCUGUUCAUCAUGUUGUGUUACUUUCAGCGUCAGAAGUUAGGCAAGCCAAUCUACCAGACAAGUCCUACCCUGACACAGUGGCGACUGACCCGGACUACGGCAUCUGUUCAAUACCAGUAAGGACCCCCACAUCGGUCGUUGAAAAAUGCCAGAUGAAGGAUUUGGACAUCAACGUUCAAGUAGAGGGCAAGGGGGUGUGCUCAUCAGACCACAGUCCCUCAUUGUCAAGAGAAAAAAGCACAGUUACAGAGGAACUUCAUUCCAAUGGAUAUGGUGUUAAUGGAGAAGUUACAAGGGCUAAUGAAGAGACGGAUGGUUGUCAUGGAUGUAAAUCUGGGAUGGAAUCGAGACAAAAAAGUGAAGUGGCCACCGUGGCCUGGAUGAUUAUAUUUGGGGAUGGCUUACAUAAUUUUAUUGAUGGCUUGUCAAUUGGUGCGGCCUUUACAGAGAGCAUCUUGUCAGGAGUCAGUGUCUCCUUGGCUGUUAUAUGUGAAGAAGUGCCCCAUGAGCUAGGCGAUUUUGCCAUCCUGUUGAACUCUGGUAUGUCCCUGAAGAAGGCUCUGAUGUACAACUUUCUGUCAGCCUGCAUGUGUUACGUCGGCCUUGUUGGCGGUAUCGUGUUAGGCCAGAACACCCUGGCUCAUGACUGGAUAUUUGCCAUCGCAGGGGGCAUGUUCCUUUAUAUUUCACUGGUUGACAUGCUUCCGGAAAUGAACAGUGCAGCGAAAGAUGAGGAUCGAAAGACUGCCAACCUAUGUAACUGGCGUGUAUUUUUUCUGCAGAAUUCUGGUAUUUUGAUUGGCUAUUGUCUGUUACUCCUUAUGGCAGUAUAUGGUGAGGAGAUAAACUUUGAAUAAUCAGGGACUUAUAUACAUUUAUGCAUACUACUUCAGGACAUCUGGAAUAGGACUGGAAAACAUCCAAUCACAGUUUUAUAUCAAAUUUAAUAGGGACACAAUAAAGUUGUUCUUUGAUAUUGUUUUUAUAUACUGUUAUUGGUAUGGCUGUUACAUGUCUGAUUAGAGGCAUGGAACAAGCUACAUUUGGGCAAAUGGUUUUAGACGGGAGUGAUUUUUUAAACAUCUAUUUACAUGAUAGUCAUUGUGCUGAGUGUACAUUUGACAUUUGGAGCCUGUGUUUUGUAUUGUGUGUUCUUUUUUUUAUCAUAAUUGGAUCAUCGUAUUUAAUGGGGUAACAGUUUUUAUUUCUUUUUAGUGGUUUCUGUGGUAAUCUGUGUAUUCGAUACAUAUACACAUAUUCAGAAAUAUUUGUUUAAGUUUUAAUUACAGAAUAUUUCAGGUGCGGUGCAUGUUUUCAGGUACAAAUGUAGAUACAUAAGUGCUAUGUCAUAUACUGUGUGAUAUCAAAUGUCAGUGUUAAGCUUUUCCAUUGCCUACAUAUUAAGUUCUGUUACUUGUUAUUAACACAGGUAUAUUUGACUUUAUAUGUGUGGAAAAAGUGAGCUGGAAAGUUGUGUUUUAUACAUUGGACAUGCUGUAAAUAGACAUGUGAUGUACACCCCAGCUGGUGAUAUUUAAUGGCUACCAAAUACAAUGUACAUAUACAGAUCCUCAUAUUACAUGUAUCUCCUUUUCAUUGAGGGAUCAAAUACGUCAACAAAUUGUGGACAGAUGAUUAAUAUUGUCAUUUGUUGAAUGUUCAAAUAAACAUAUACAUAUGUCCUUCAGUUUUUGGUACAUGUUCAAAAAUAUCUUAAUAAUGAAUGUACGUUUCA